CCCAGCUAAUACUGCGUUUCCAAAUUAUUACAUCGAAUACCAUUCAGAGAGGGAGAGAGGGAGACGCCGCACACACACAGACAGAGGGGAGAGAGGGGCGAUGCCGGAGCUGCCGGAGGUGGAGGUGGCGCGGCGGGCGCUGCAGGAGCACUGCGCGGGGAGGCGGAUCUUGCGCUGCUCGGCGGCGGACGACCCGAAGGUGAUCGACGGCGUCUCCCCCUCGCAACUCGAGUCGUCCCUCGCCGGGAAGACCGUCCUCGCCGCCGCCCGCAAGGGCAAGAACCUCUGGCUCCGCCUCGACUCCCCCCCCUUCCCCUCCUUCCAAUUCGGGAUGACGGGUGCGGUCUACAUCAAAGGUGUGGAAUUGAGCAAAUACAAAAGGUCGGCGGUGAGCCCGACGGAGGAGUGGCCAUCGAAAUACUCCAAAUUGUUUGUUGAACUGGAAGAUGGUGUCGAGUUUUCCUUCACCGAUAAGAGACGCCUCGCAAAAGUUCGCUUGCUUGAAGAUCCUGAAUCUGUGCCUCCAAUUUCUGAGCUGGGUCCAGAUGCCCUGUUCGAGCCUAUGCAGGUCGAUGAGUUCAUGAAUGCCCUAAGAAAAAAGAAGAUCGCGAUAAAGGCUUUGUUACUUGAUCAGAGCUUUAUAUCUGGUAUUGGUAACUGGAUCGCGGAUGAGGUGCUCUAUCAGGCAAGGAUUCAUCCCAUGCAAAUUGCUGCAAACCUAUCGAAAGAGAGCUGUGAGACUCUCCAUCGAUGCAUCAAAGAGGUUAUUGAAAAGGCCCUUGAAGUCGGUGCAGACAGUAGCCAGUUUCCAGAACAUUGGAUUUAUCAUUCUCGUGAUAAGAAACCUGGCAAGGCAUUUGUGGAAGGAAAGAGAGUCGAAUUCAUCACUGCAGGUGGCAGAACCACAGCUUUCGUGCCAGAAUUGCAAAAAUUUGAAGGCCCCCAGUCAAACGAGAUCCCGUCAACUAAAUUAAAGAGAGCCAAAACUGGUAAAAAAUUUCCUGGUAAGCAAGAAUCAGAUGACGAGGAUGCAGAAGUCAAUGAAAAUUCAAAGCCAAAAAGCGGCCAAAAAAGUUCCAAAGGUACUAAGAAGCAGCCAAAGAAAGCAAGAGAUGACGAUGAGGAAGAGGAGGAAUCAGAGAAGCCGGCGAAAGGGGCGAGGGGGAAGCAAGUUAAAAUGGCAUCAAAGAAAAAAACUAAAUCUAAUACAGAAGAGUCCGAUAGUGAGGACGAGGAAGUUAAUGAAAGUUCGAAGUUCGAGAGGAGAAGGAAUAGCUCCAAAGGCGGUAAGAAGCCAAAGAAAACAAGUGAAAGCGAUGACGAUGACGAUGACGAGGAAGAGGAGUUAGAAAAAACUAGCAAGAGGCAGCCAUUAACGAAAGGAGCCAAGUCUAACCAAGCAAGCGCUCAGCAGAGGAAGAAACAACGCAAGUAGGGCCGUGGUGGUCCUCGAAAGAGUUUUGACUUUUGAAGAAGCAUGUACAUAUAGUAUUUUGCUAUCCGAUUUUCUUGUUGCAGUGCUUGGAAUCUCUGCUUUUAGGUUUGAAUGUUAAUGAUACUUUUUCCAUCUUGGUAGUCAGAUGAGGACAAGUGCUUGUAGAAACUGUCUUGAUGGAUCUACUGGUAUGCUGAAAGGCCAUUUUGCUAUGUAGGCCAAACGAUGUGAUCUAAAAGAUUGUGACCUUUUUUAACCCCUUUG